AUGCCCGUGGAAAGGACCGAGCCCCGCGGAGCCGACGAGCUCCACAGAUACUAUGAGGUCUACGAGACCAUCGGCUCAGGAGGCUUCGCUAAGGUCAAGCUGGGUCGACACCUCCUGAGUGGAGAGAAGGUUGCCAUUAAAAUCAUGAACAAGAAAGAUUUGGGGGAUGAUCUGCCGCGUGUGAAGGUGGAGAUUGAUGCCAUGAAGAACCUGAGUCAUCAGCAUGUGUGUCGUCUUUACCAGGUCAUAGAGACUUCCACACAGAUCUUCAUGGUGCUGGAGUACUGCCCAGGUGGGGAGUUGUUUGAUUACAUCAUAGCAAAGGACCGUCUGUCAGAGGAGGAGACCAGAGUGUUUUUCAGACAGAUAGUGUCAGCGAUGGCUUACGUCCACAGUCAGGGAUAUGCACACCGAGAUCUCAAGCCGGAAAACUUGUUGAUUGAUGAAAACCACAAUUUGAAGCUCAUAGACUUUGGCCUUUGUGCCAAACCUAAGGGGGGCCUGGGUUAUGAGCUGAUGACGUGUUGUGGCAGCCCGGCCUACGCCGCCCCUGAACUCAUCCAGGGAAAAUCAUACAUCGGCUCAGAGGCGGAUGUUUGGAGCAUGGGGGUGCUGCUGUACGCUCUGCUCUGUGGAUACCUGCCUUUCGAUGACGAGAACUGCAUGGUCCUCUACAGGAAGAUAACAAGAGGUAAAUACGAAAACCCCCGGUGGCUCUCUCCGGGUAGUGUCCUCCUCCUCAAUCAGAUGAUGCAGGUGGACCCCAAACGGCGUGUUGCUGUUCGCCAUCUACUGGACCAUCCCUGGGUGCUGAAGGACUACAACAGCCCUGUGGAGUGGUUCAGCAGGCAGCCGCUUGGUCACAUAGAUGAGGACUGUAUCACUGAGAUGGCCGUCACCAUGAAGCGGUCGAGAGAGAGCACCACAGCACUGGUGAAGGAGUGGCUGUACGACCACACCACAGCUAUCUACCUGCUGCUGCUGUCAAAGAAACAGAGGGGAAAACCUGUCCGUCUGCGCCCUGAACCAACUGUGUGUGAGGACUCCUACUCCCCCUCUCAACAGGGUCUACAGACAAGGGAAGCUCUUCAUUAUAGCGAGGAUGAAGAUGCUGUGGAUUUUGGCUCAGACUACAUUGAUGACUGUCCCUGGAUUGCAAUCAAACAACACACCCCCAAGGGGGUCAGAGGGCAGCCAGACGGAUGUGCAACCAACAAAGACAAGAGACAUCUGGCAUCUCCAUCAGUGGAGAGAAGAUGUGCUUACAGCCCGACUCCAGAGAGGGGGCGGAAGACCCCGCAGCAUCGCCAGGAGAGGAGGGACAGAGACCAACAGCAAACCCCUGAUAACAAGGAGAAUAUUGCUGUUCAAGAGAAAGAUGUAGACAUUUUUGUUUUGCCUCCUCCUCGAACUCCGGCGUCCAGUAAGAAGAAUGCACGCCACAAGAAUGUGUUGACCACACCCAAUCGAAAUACUGACGGCAAGAACAACGCACUCACACCUAAAGAUGGAGGCAGUGGCUCUAAGGAACAAACCAAGAAGAGAACAGUUGAGAACAAGGAACCUGCAAACACGGACAUAUUGGCCUUCAGUCCUGAGAGAAGGUCUCGGUCUUUGGACAUGGCCGUUACAGGAGACAGCGGCAAGAAGAAGAGAGGAGGGAAGGUGUUUGGUUCUCUGGAGAGAGGUCUGGAUAAGGUGAUCACCAUGCUCACUCCCAGCAAGAGACGAGGCCUGAGGGACGGCCCGCGCAAGAUCAAGGCACAAUACAACGUGACUUUGACGAGUCAGACGAAUCCGGACCAGAUACUCAACCAGAUCCUCGCAAUCCUGCCGCAGAAAAAUGUCGACUUCAUACAGAAAGGAUACACCCUCAAGUGUCAGACCUGGGGCGACUUCGGGAAGGUGACGAUGGCGUUUGAGUUGGAGGUGUGCCUGCUGCAGAGGCCUGAGGUGGUCGGUGUCCGGCGCCAGCGGCUGAAGGGAGACGCUUGGGUCUACAAGCACCUGGUGGAGGACAUCCUCUCCACAUCCAGGAUUUAAAAGCACUUUUCAGCUCCUCUCAAAGUCAAUAGACUGGCCCCUUCUCUGUCAGCUGUGACCCCCUCUGUCGGAUGUAGAGAGUCUAAGCAUUAAAGAUUAGGGCUUCAUUAUUUUGUAUGAAUAUUAAAAAUUCUCCUUAGGCCAGUCUUCAAUCUCUAGAGUAUGUGUUACAUUGAAUUUAUGAGAAUUACAAGUCAAGAUCCUUUAUACUGUAUCUUGUUUUAUGUAGAGUAUUGUUGUUUAAUUCCCUUUUUCAUAACUAGCAGGCUAAAUAGGGUCCAUGUCAAUCCUCUUGAGGUGUGUAUGAUGCGAGUGUGUGUGCGCAUGUUUGUGUAAUGUAUUUACAGUUUACCUUCUGGCUGCUUAUUACCAUAUUUAUGUCAUGAUGUUGUUAUUCUCCCCUGUAGGUGCAAAACUUGAUUUAAUAACAUAAAUAAGCAGAGCGUUACUAAUUUACUUUCAUUGUUUUAUGUCUGUGUACAUUUCUUCCAUCAUGAUGUUUUUACUUGGUUCUAUGAAGUGACUGUUUAUAUUUC